CAAAAUGUCAUCUCCUCACACCCAGAUGAACCUUUUCUCCGUGACCCGAAUGGCCCUAACCCUCGGCCCCGGUUUAGGCUUUCUAUUGUACCUCUACUCCUCUACCAUAACCCACCGUACAGACAUUAUCGACCUCGAACACCGCGUCAGUGACAUCCCCACAUACGAAAUCCUCCCUUCUUAUGACUUUAUCAUCGUCGGGGGUGGCAGCGCCGGGGCUGUUUUGGCUAAUCGACUAACCGAAAACCCGAACUGGAACGUACUCUUGUUGGAAGCAGGGCCUGACGAAAUUUCGCUAACCGAUUUGCCGCUGCUAUUUCCAACCCUCCAAUUGUCGCCGUUGGAUUGGCAGUUUAAGACUGAGCCGGGUGAGAAUUAUUGUAGGGGGAUGGUGGAAGGGAAAUGCAAUUGGCCGCGAGGCAAGGUCUUGGGAGGUUGUAGUGUGCUGAAUGCUAUGUUGUAUGUGAGGGGGAAUAGGCGGGAUUACGAUCGGUGGGCGGAGAUUGGGAACGUGGGGUGGAGCUACAAGGAAGUGUUGCCGUAUUUUAAGAAGUCGGAGGAUAUGAGAAUUGAGGAUUAUAAAGAUAAUGAUUAUCAUGGAACAGGUGGAUUUCUUUCGGUGGAAAACUUCAGGUAUCAUUCUCCAAUGGCUGAAUGGUUCCUCUCGGCUGCCCAGGAAAUAGGUUACUCCAUUUUGGAUAUCAACGGGCCUUAUCAAACCGGUUUCACCCUUGCUCAUGGUACCCUCAAAGAUGGUCUUCGCUGUAGUACUGCCAAAGGUUUCCUUCGUCCAGUUAGCAAACGCCCCAACCUCCACAUCAGUCUUUACUCCCUCGUUGAAAAAAUCAUCAUCCACAACGAAACUCGAGAAGCUAUGGCUGUUAUUGUCAACAAAUUCGGUGUUCGGAGAACAAUUUACACUGACAAAGAAAUUAUUCUAAGUGCUGGUGCCCUCCAAUCCCCCCAACUUCUCAUGUUAUCAGGAGUAGGGCCAAGUCAACAUUUACAAGAAAACGGGAUAGAAGUAAUCGUUGAUUCUCCCGGUGUGGGGGAGAAUCUACAAGAUCACGCGGCUAUUGGUGGAGUAACUUUCCUCUUCCAACCACCUCCAGAGUAUGAGAAUAAGACUUGUGGUUUUAUUCUUCCUAAAGUGUUUUCGACUGAAACAAUAAAUGAGUUUGCUCAGAAAAAAGAAGGUCCUGUGUAUUGGCUACCCGAAUGUGAGGUUAUGGGGUUUGUUAAGACGAAAUAUGAAAAUCCUGAGGAUGAUUGGCCCGAUAUUCAGUAUUUUUUUACUUCGUAUGCUGAUAACACAGAUGGAGGGAUGUUUGGAAAGAAGGCAGCUGGUUUGACGGAUGAGUUUUAUUCCGCUGUGUACGAAGAGGUGCUGUAUGAAGAUGCUUUCAACGUGAUAGUCUUACUGUUAAGGCCAAAGAGCAGAGGAAAGUUAUUACUGAAGGACACAAAUCCUAAUAGCCAUGUUGUUAUUUAUCCCAACUAUUUUGCUGAUAAGGAUGAUAUAAAAGUGCUAGUGGAAGGAGCUAAAAUCGCAUACAACAUAAUUAUGAACACCACUGUGAUGGCAAAAUACAAUACUCGGUACAACGACCUCCGCAUGCCAGGCUGUCAUCAUUUAGAGUUCCUUUCAGAUGAAUACUGGGCAUGUCAAGCCAAGUAUUACACUCUGACCAUCUACCAUCCCGUUGGUACUGCGAAAAUGGGUCCCGACGAUGACCCGAUGGCGGUUGUUGACCCCAAGCUAAAAGUUAGAGGUUUAUCAAGACUGAGGGUUGUUGAUGGGUCAAUUAUGCCCUACAUUGUCAGCGGUAAUACUAACGCUCCCAUUAUAAUGAUUGCGGAAAAAGCUAGUGAUAUGAUUAAACAAGAGUGGAGGGAGUAUGCUGAUAAAAAUCAAAAUAAUGAAGAAAAUCAAGCUCAAAAUAAUAAAAAAGAUCAAUAUCAAAAUAAUGAAGAAGAUCAAGAUGAAAAUAAUGAAGAAUAUGAAGAUCAAAGUAAUGAAGAAGAUCAAGAUCAAAAUAAUCAAGACAAAGUGAUGAGGAAGGCUCCCAGAAUUGUGGAUCCUGACUAUUGGUAAUAGCAUUUUCAGUUGACUUUCAUUUCAAUUCAAAUUAGCAUUAGUUUGACAAUUUAUUUUUUGA